UCUCCCCCCUUUUGCCUCUUCAACAAUCUCCAGUUUCAGCUCACCUGACGCGAAUCUUCGUUCUUUCAUCAUCCGUCACGCCAGCCCAGGACUCAAGCCGCUUUGCGCAUAACCGCCUCCCAAGUCUCUGAGCCGCCGGCCACCAGCUACAAAAACCCUUCACAACCCCGCCGAGUCUUUCUCCCGCCAAAACACCUCAACCAGAUCGUCGCUUUUUCGCAGCCACCGGUCCAACCCUCUCCUCUCACCCAAACACUUUUUUUUUUUCCCACGAGACACCCCGGAACAUCCGAGUUUAUGUCCAUCGAAAAUCUCAAGACCUUCGACCCCUUCGCCGAAGCCGACGACGACACCGGUGAUACCAAAAAGGUCGAGAAUCACAUCCAUAUUCGUAUUCAACAGCGCAAUGGUCGCAAGUCUCUGACCACUGUCACUGGUCUCCCUGCAAAGUUCGACCCCGGCAAGAUUCUGACCUUUUUCAGGAAGGAAUUCGCUUGCAAUGGCAACAAGGUCAAUGACGAAAAGGCCGGCGAGGUGAUCCAGCUUCAGGGUGACCAACGCAAGAAGGUCAUGGAUUUCCUCGUUGACAAGAAGGCUGGUCUCGGUCUCAACCCCGACAACAUCACCGUUCACGGUGCUUAAAUCGUCCUCUUGGCGCCGCCGUCCCCGCCACCCUUCCAGCGACUUGGCUUCACAGCAUGCUGGUGAUGAGUGUGUCGGAAUGAGGCUGUUCGAGCAACUUGUGCAUACAUGUUGCAUGGGUUCGCUUACUGCCACUACCUUCAUUAUCUAGCCGAUAUCGCUAUGCGCCCAAUUUGCUAUUUGGUCUCUAGUGAUCUCAUACGAUAAAACCUCAACCCCCCCUCCGGUCAUAAACCACCGGUGUGCGGGUAGCAGCGUCUUUGGAAGGUCUGGCCGGUCGGAUGCAUUAGAGGAUAGGGUUAGAGUGAGAGCUUUUAUCAGCUUAUUGGCUUUAUUUAUGCACCCGGAUCUGCUGUGCUGCCGCGCAGCAGUUUUACGAAUGAUCAAUAUCUUUUUUUUUUGUUUGCAGUUUGACAUCAAGUUUGAUGCUGAUGAUUGGGGAGGGAAAGAUGCGCUGGAUCUGAAGUUUGGAUGUAGGCCUUGAGACUGGUUCCUGUUUAUAGGCUACUAGGUAUCUUGUUACUUGGCCAUUGCAUUUCCCUUUUCAAUUGCACAGUCUUGAUUGUUGAACGGGCCUAGCCGUAAUCUAGGGCAUAUAGAAAAUACAAUACCAACCACGCGUGGUGCGACGAAACUUUGUUACA